AUGUCAGCACCAUCGAAUACCCUGCGGUACGAAUACCGAGGCCUGGAUAGCCCCCGAUCUUUUCGGCUCCUCAAGUUGACCAAGGGCGCGAAGUCCGACCCGCUGGAAUGUGAGCUGAGCGUCCACAAGCUUCAAGACCUUCCUUGUGGUGUUCGGUCGACCGUUCCCGAAUUCCAGGCUCUCUCAUAUUUCGCGGCCGUGCUUGCUGCAUUCUUCGAUAACCCCUGGUUUAGCCGCGUAUGGGUUGUCCAGGAGGUUUUCGAGAGCAGGAAAUGCCGCGUUCUUUUCGGCGAGGAGGAGGAGGUCCCGUGGCUGAAAGUCAUUGCUCUCGCCCGCUGGCUAAUACAAAGUCGCGGUAAGGAGUCAAUUGGCGUGCAAGUUCUCCGGCUCACAAAAACGAAUGGGGUCCAAAAUGCUCUCUUUAUGCAUAGCGGAAGCACCAUCUGGGCUCCGGAUCCGAUCCCCGGUCUACUGCAGUCGGUGCGCGAUUUCGGGUGCACAGAUCCUCGGGACAAGGUUUAUGCCGUUCUUCACAUGCCAUUCAAGCAGGCGCUCGUCUACCGCAGGAUGUCGUUUCUCGCCUCGUCUAAAUACUUGCACUUCUUCGUGCAGGGGACUGCCAUGAUGUGUAUCUUAAUCCAAUUGUGCAGGCAAGAUCCGACGGACCUGCUAUUCUGGUCCCUGUUGCUCUCAGUCAGUUAUAUGACGCACCACAUGGUCACCCUCGCGAGAACUGUUGCCCGGGACUUCUUCCAACGGCUCUUGAACUUCAUUUACACGGUAGACAGGGUCCUGUUGCACGAUUACAAAUACUCCGACACUCUACAGAAUGCUCUCUCUAACGGCAGACUACUCCCUCCCAGCCCAGACGUUGUACAGAAUGGUUGCCGUGCGAAUAGUGGAGCGCACGAAAAGCCUUGA